AUGGACACUCGUUCAACUGUGCCGAUGGAGAGUCAAGGAUCCCCAGCUGGAGAUGGGCCGUCUCCGCUGUUGUUGUCUGACUUGCUGCAGCUGUCGAAAGAUGAGCUUGGGGCAUGGCUGUUCCUUGAAGGCACGGGUACACAGGGGCUCAGUCCCGGUGCCAAGGCUUUCUUUGACUGGGUUCGGGGUGACUUCCUUGAGAGUGCCGAGCAUAUCUUGGAUGCCAGUGAUGUUGGGCGCUUCGAGACUCUGUUCCGUGUCUACGAGAUCACAAAGGACCUUGUGACGGAAGCCAUAGCAAAGGCUGCCGCCAAUGUGGAGUUCAAGACAGUUGUAUAUGACAAAGUCAUGAGCACGGCGCAGCAGGCAGUUGCUAAGGUGGUUCAGCAGGCUGGAGCAGCGAAGGAUGAUGAAGCGAAGAAGCAACGAGCCCGGGUUGCCGAAGCGUGGCUCAAGAAGGAGGCUGCAGGUUUGGAUUCGAAGAAGCGGGCACAUGCUGCAGCGGCUACCAAAGCUGCAACCUUUGCAGCCGGCAAGUUGCAUUGCUUCAUUGCCCAUCUGAGAGAAGCAAAUCUCCUCAGCAGCACAUUCGUAGGCCUCAUGGAAACCUGGCAGGAGCUGGAUGCUUGUGACAGCAUGGCACGCAGGCUCAAGCCAGCGGAGCAUGAAAAGCAGAUGCAGUUUGCCGACACACAGGUGGAUGUGCAAACGGACACGCUCCUGGAGAAGGAGGAUGAUGGCUCUGGUCGGGAUGAUCAGGCAGAGUCAGCCCCGGAAGCUCCGCAAGCAGCAGAAGCUCCGGAAGCUGCGGCUACGCAGAUAUUUGUGCCUGGUGAUGGUGCUCAGGAAGAGUUGAUCUUAUCUGCAGUACCAGACCCUGGGCAUCACCAGUGUGAUCAGGCAGAAAAUGCUGGGGAGCUUCAGGUGUCGUGUGGUCGGGAAACAGAUCCUGGGCAUGAGCAGUGUGAUCAGGCAGAAGUUCGGGAGCUUCAGGUGCUGUGUGGUCAGGAAGCAGAUCCUGGGCAUCAGAAGUGUGAUCAGGCAGAAGUUCGGGAGCUUCAGGCGCCGUGUGGUCAGGGAGCAGAUCCUGGGCAUCAGACAGAAACUGGGGAGCUUCAGGCACCGAGUGGUCAGGGAGCAGACCCUGGGCAUCACACGACAGAAACUGGGGAGCUUCAGGCGCCGAGUGGUCAGGGAGCAGAUCCUGGGCAUCAGACGACAGAAACUGGGGAGCUUCAGGCGCCGAGUGGUCAGGAAGCAGAUCCGGGGCAUCUGACGACAGAAACUGGGGAGCUUCAGCCGAGUGGUCACGGAGCAGAUCCGGGGCAUCUGACGACAGAAACUGGGGAGCUUCAGCCGAGUGGUCACGGAGCAGAUCCGGGGCAUCUGACGACAGAAACUGGGGAGCUUCAGCCGAGUGGUCACGGAGCAGAUCCGGGGCAUCAGACAACAGAAACUGGGGAGCUUCAGCCGUGUGGUCAGGGAGCAGAUCCGGGGCAUCAGACAACAGAAACUGGGGAGCUUCAGCCGUGUGGUCAGGGAGCAGAUCCGGGGCAUCAGCAGUGUCAUCAGGUAGCAAGUACCACGGCAGAGAUCAUCAACUGUGAUGAGAUUCCAGACGACGAGCUUGUUUCGCAGCUGGAGGCUGACCCUAUCCCAAGACUAACUUAUAGCUUUAUGCCAUGA